AUGGCUAGUAACCCAGCCCAGCCAACCUCACUCCACUACAUGAGUCCCUACCAGCUGAAUGCCUACGCAAUGGCCCUGAAGGCGGUAGGAGAAAUCAUCCAGGACUACGACAGCGAUAAGAUGUUUCCCGCACUAGGGUUCGGAGCCAAGCUGCCGCCUGAUGGACGGAUCUCCCACGAGUUUGCCUUGAAUGGGAACCCUCAGAACCCGUACUGUGCAGGUAUUGACGGUGUGAUGGAAGCCUACUACCAGAGUCUGAAGUCAGUUCAGCUCUACGGACCCACAAACUUCUCCCCUGUCAUCAACCAUGUGGCAAGGUAUGCAGCCUCAGUGAAGGACGGCUCCCAGUACUUUGUGCUCCUCAUCAUCACAGACGGCGUCAUCUCAGACAUGGCCCAGACCAAGGAGUCUAUUGUCAAUGCCUCCUGUCUGCCAAUGUCAAUCAUAAUUGUGGGGGUGGGACCUGCAGAAUUCGAUGGUAAGUAA